AUGAAGCAGUUGGCUGACAUAUCUGUCCCCAACAGUAUAACUGAAGCACUAGAAGACCCAAAAUUGAAAGAAGCUAUGAUUGAAGAAAUGCGAGCUCUCCAAAAGAAUGUCACAUGGGAACUCGUGCCCCUACCUCAUAGAAAGAAGACAGUAGGAUGCAGGUGGAUUUAUACUGUGAAACUCAAAGUAAAUGGAUCCAUUGAAAGAUAUAAAGCUAGAUUGGUGGUGAAGGAGUACACACAAAGAUAUGGGAUAGACUACGAGGAGACAUUUGCCCCAUUAGCCAAGAUUAACACUAUUAGAGUCUUAUUGUCUCUAGCAGUAAAUCUCGAUUAG